AUGGCAUCUCUAGUUGGCGCUGAGACAGUUCAGGCAAACCCUGGACGUCUCGGCUACAGCAAGGAUGAGCUCAACGUUGUCUGGCAGAUGAGCGCCGCAGCCUUGCCGGUGAACAACAACGAGAUCAUCAUCCCCAAGUACGUCGCCACUAGACUUAGCGAAGAGAACAUCAAUGCUCUCAAAGCUCGCCUGAGUGACUGCCUGGAUGGUUGUCGCACCGAGACUGUUGUUGAUCACGCUGCUCAAGUCUUUCGGAUUCGUAAAGCUAUCGAUCCCGUUGUCUUUGGAGACGAUCAUGCCACCUACCGCAGCUUGUCAUCGCCAUCCAGUUCACCGCAGUCCCUCAUGUCGGCUUCUAAUCCCAUCAACUCUGCUUUCUCCGGCCAGCCCACCGACAUUGGCAUGAAACCAAAGCCAGCUAAAGUGGUCCGAUUGCCUGGCAAGAAAUCCAAAAUUCCUCGUCCACCCAACGCUUUCAUCCUCUACCGUCAGAAACACCACCCGAAGGUCAAGGCUGAGAAUCCCUUCAUAAAGAACAAUGACAUCUCAAUUCUCCUUGGUCAGCAAUGGAAAGCAGAAUCUGAAGGUGUCAAGGCACAAUACAAGGCAUUGGCAGACAAGAUGAAGGCCAAGCACACUGCCGAGAAUCCUGGAUACCAGUACGCGCCUCGCAGGGCUUCGGAGAAGAAGCGUCGCAUGACUGUCCGGAAGCUUGCCCAGCUCCGCUUGAGUGAUGCCGUAUCUGAUGAACAAUCCAACCCAGACACCGAGAUGGCAGACGUGCAAGCCACCGAGAGAGUUGACCUCUUCGGCAAUGGAUUGCCCAACCGUCAUGCAGCUCCCUUCAUGUUACAAGCUCAUGCCGCGGUGCCGGCUUCUGCUUCUGAAAUCAUUGGCAAUGAGCGUCCAGACUUUCCUAGCCAUAUCGAGCAUCACGGAGAUGGUCAGAUGUCUCUCAAUUUCCCCACCGGCCACUCUCUGGUUGAAUACGACUACAUGAUCAAGUUGGAUACUGCUCGUGAUGCUGCUGUUGCUGAGAAUCCUGCUGCCGAUGUCCCCGUAUCUCAUACCAUCACUUUUGACAAUGCUGGAAGAGCCACCAUCACCGCAAUUCAGAACCCUCAUGCUGUCAACGGUACUAUUGCUGUGAAUGAUCUUAUCGACUGGGAAGGCUUACGAAGAGACAUCGACAUCAUUGCUACCAUGAUUGAUAUGCCAGAACGAAGACAGUCACCAGCGCAGCAGUCUGCAGCAGCUGUUCAGCAAGCUGCAUCACAAUCCGCUUCACCUGUCCAGCAGGCCUCUACCACAGAACCCGCUGCAACCAUUUUCGGCUUUGAUGAUGAGGCAGAGCGUUUGGAAUUCCAAGAUAGACUCGACGACAUCCUCUGGAUGUCUGAGUGA